AUGCUACUACAAAGGAAACUAAGUACUGAACAAAAAAGGGCAUAUGACAUAAUUCUUGAUAGGGUCUAUUCUAAUAAACCGGGGGCAUUUUUCAUUGAUGGUCCAGGUGGAACUGGAAAAACUUUCUUAUAUCGAGCUUUGUUGGUUGCCAUAAGAACAAAAGGGUUUAUAGCUUUAGCAACUGCAAGUUCUGGUGUCGCAGCUUCAAUUCUUCCUGGGGGACGAACACCUCAUUCACGUUUCAAAAUUCCUAUUGACAUUGAUGAGAAUUUUACGUGCAACAUUAGUAAACAAAGUUCAUUAGCAGAUUUGAUUCGAGAUUCAAAGUUAAUUGUUUGGGAUGAAGUCUCAAUGGCAAAAAAGAAAACGAUAGAAGCUUUUGAUAAACUCUUAAAAGAUCUCAUGAGUACAAAUAUACUCUUUGGUGGGAAAGUAGUAGUUUUUGGAGGAGACUUUAGACAAACACUUUCGGUUAUUCGUAGUGGAAAAAAGGAAGACUUUAUCGGCGAAAGCUUAUUAUACACUCAUAUUUGGAAUCAUUUGGAAAAAUUAUGUUUAUCUGAAAACAUGCGUGCAAAAAAAGAUCCAACAUUUUUUGAAUAUUUAAUGAGAAUUGGAAAUGGACAAGAAAAAACUAAUAACUGCAACAGAAUUGAAAUUCCACAAAAUUUUAUCAUUCCUUUUACUAAUGAAACAGAAUCGUUGAAUCUUUUAUUUAAUGUUAGUUAUCCUGAUUUACACACAUUCUUUUCUAACCCGUCUUCUAUAACUUCCCACAUUAUUUUGACUAGGAAAAAUGACUUUGUUGAUGAAAUAAAUGACAUGCUUAUUCAUCGAUUUCCUAAUGAUGCUAAAGUGUAUACAGCUAUUGAUGAAACUAUAGAACCAAAUGAUCAAUGUCAAUUUGAAGAUUUUUUGCACACCUUACAUCCUGCUAACGUACCACCUUACAGGUUAACUUUGAAAAAAAAUUGUCCAGUUAUAUUAUUGAGAAACUUAAAUCCUUCUGAAGGUCUAUGUAAUGGUACACGAUUAAUAUGUCAUGAUUUUAAGACACAUGUCAUCAAUGCAAUUAUUGCCAGUGGUGAUUUCAAAAAUAAACAUGUAUUCAUCCCAAAGAUACCAUUACUAGCAUCGCAAGAUGAGAAGUUACCAGUUCCCUUCAAAAGAACACAAUUCCCAAUAAGGUUGUGUUUUGCUAUGACUAUAAACGAGGCUCAAGGUCAAACUUUAGAUUUUGUUGGAAUCUAUUUGCGUGAACCAGUUUUUUCACAUGGUCAACUUUAUGUUGCUUUAUCUCGAGCAAAAAGUUCAGAAAAUGUAAAAGUAUUAAUACGUCCACCCACCGUAGAUCAUUCUACAUACAAUGUACUUUAUAAAGAAGUCAUAAAAAAGGCAUCCUCAUGA